GACUGGUCCGCUUCGGCGCGGCGCGGCAGUGACUUUCCGGGCGUGGGGGGCAUCCAUGUGCCGCCAUGGUUGUCAUGGAGCGCACCAGAACUCUAAUGGACCGUACCAGGACCGUGGUGGGCCCGACCAAGACCUUGGGCCCAACACGGACCAUCAUGGACCGGGCCAAGAGCCGGCAAGACGAUCGCGCCGGGGUGGAGGACGUGAUGAUGGCCAUGAAGGGCCGGUCCAUGGCCGGUAGCAAGGAGUUCUAUUCAGAAGACACCUACUUUGAAGACGAUUCGGAGGAAGUAAUAGAACCCGCUGGUUGUGGAUUGGGCGGCUUGAUCAUGUAUCCCGACAAUUCCUUCCGGCGUCUUUGGACUCUGCUUGUUGUCCUGCUGCUGUUCUACACCGGGACCAUUUUCAUUUACCGCCUCACCUUCUUCCGCUUGAAUGUUGCUGGGGAGGUUGAGAUGACUUCUGCCUUCUGGAACUACCUCGAUACCAUGGUGGACAUCAUGUUUUGGGCGGAUCUGCUGAUUCAGUUCUUCUUCACCUACACCAAUGAGAAGGGCGCCGAGGUUGCCUCACCCAGCAAGAUCGCUGUGAGAUACCUCUGCGGAUGGUUUUGGGUGAAUGCGAUCUCCUGUGUUCCGGAGUCGGCGGCCGAAGCGGCGUAUGGGCUCAUCUUCGGCGAUGACGCCGUGGACAAAGCGGCUGGCAACAGGUCCGUGAGGCUGCUUCGUAUGCAGCGCAUGACCAAGAUCGUCCGAAUGCUGCGGCUGGUGAAGAUUACCCAGCUGACGGAGCGAAUGAACCUGGACACCUACAUUCAGAGAUACAAGGUCGUAGCCGUGCUCAACACCCUCUUUGGCCUCGUUUGGGCCGUGCAUAUCAUGGCUUGCGGCUGGUACCUCUGCGCGGCAAUGCAUGAAGAUCCCCACGAGACCUGGCUGGCUCGACGCCUGGUCGGCGUGAAUGAGGUGAUGCUGCUCAAUUUGUCACCCUUCGACCAAUGGGCGCACGCCAUGUACUUCAUAUUUGCGGUUUUCACCACGGUGGGCUUCGGCGACAUCUCGGCCUUCACCACGGGGGAGAUUAUGUACGUGACCCUCACCAUGAUGGUGGGCGCCAUUGUGCACUCCUUGAUCGUCGGCCAGGUGAUCAACGAAGUCACCAGCGACAACACGGUGAACGUGUUCCUGAAGAACAAGCUGAAGCUGGCCAAGGAGUUUGCGAUCCACGCGAACCUGGCGCCCGAAGGAACCAAAGCGCUAUCCUUCUGGCUGGAGCAGAACGUGCGAGACCUGAUGACUCAGCAAUACAAGAUGGACGAGAUGCAUCAGCUGAUCACGAACGACAUGCCUUUGUCUUUGAUGAAAGAGUUGCACAGCCGACUGUACCACGGGCAGCUGGGUCGCAACAGGUUCCUGCGUGUGCCCUUCGUGAUCGCCACCCCGCCCCGGCUGCCGCUGCUGCUGUCACUGGCGCUGACCCCCAAGUGCUACGAGACGGGCCAACUGCUGUACCAGUCAGGGGACGCGGCCUUUCACAUGUACCUGGUGCUCAGCGGCACCUUCGCUUUCGUGGCCCGCCCCGAGCGCGCCACGAAGAGCCCCAGGGCCUCAGAGAUGUGGCCGUACCAGCUGUUCUCUCACAGCAGCUACUUUGGCAACUUCGAGCUGCACAGCGGAUUGAAGCAGUUCCGGCGCACCACGGCGCGCUGCGAGUCGGAGUUCGGCCAGGCGCUGCGCCUGCAGCGGGAGCACUACCACCGCCUCUGCGGGGAGUUCCCACAGUUCGCCGGGGCCUGGAACUACGAGGCGCAGCGGCGGGAGGCCCUGCGGGUCCGACUGCUGUCGCAGCACACCAAGAUGCACAAUUACCGCAUCUUGGCAGCCCGGCGCGUGCAGAAGUACGUGCGCCAGCGGUGGAAGCUGGCAAGAGAGGCGAUCUUGCAGGGGGAGGUGAGCCCACGGGAGGUGCAGCCGGACAUUUGCAUGGACAUGAGGCGGACCUCCUGGCACUCCUCCUCUGGCGAGGCCAGCGAGACCUUGGCCUCGCUGUCCAUCGGCUCGGUGUGCCACCAGAGGUCGGACAACAACGUCGUGCUGCGCCACAUGCCCGGCAGUCCUGCGGACCGCAUGGGCAUAGAACGCAGGCCCAAAAUGGAGGAGGAGUUGUUGAUGCGCCAGCAGCAGCUGCAGGCCAGCGUGACAGCGUUGAAAGCCAGCGCGGAGGUCCAGGCCGAGCAGAUGGAGCAGAUGCGCCGUGACCUGCGCUAUGCCUUGCAAGAGCUGCGCCGGCCUUCCGCGACCUCGUCGAUGCAGAGCACGAUGCCAUCGACGCCGCCCUCAAAGCGAGGGAGCAAGUCCAGCAACGCAGGCAAGGCCAGCGAGCCGAGCACGCGGAAGUAUUUGUGAGGCGAGAGGCCCUGCCGGGCCCAGAGUUUCAACACGUGGGAAUCGCUGCUUUUCGCACGC